UUCCAUUGACUUAUUAUUGAUUUUUCGGUUCCGCUUAAGAAUAACAGGAGUUUCGAAAUCUGCAGUUUAAAAAUUUUCUAAUGGCGUUCAGUUCGGUCUGGUCGGAGGCAGGCCACAUAACCUGAAUAAUUCUUCAACAAGAUCUUGGCCAAAAUUGAAUGGUGUAAACAAUGAUUGUAACGUAUUUUACAUUUUUCCUCACUAACUAGUCUUUAUGCGCAUGGCAAAUCACAUGUUGUGUGGUUAAGAAACUGGAGCCUCAAGUGAGUGACUUCAAAACCGAAGGAUCCCGUUAACGGCGCUCUGAGUUCUACUACGCAACGCGAGAGCAGUAUUUUUUUAAAAUUUAAAAGCAAAGAGAAUUCGCCUGCGCUCUCACUUCCUGCGAUUAGUUUUCAUUCAUAAAAAUUUCAAGACCAAAAAAUGUAAACAAAGAAGAAUCAGUUCUCUCAACCCAGCCAAGCCCGCCUAGCCAACAGCUGGUGAGUGAGAGAGCCGCCGAUCAGGUUGCGGCGAUCCUCCCCCUCCUACCGACCGACUGAGAGAGAAGAAUCCGUUUGCGUGAGAGCGAGCGACCAAAUGAGAGAUUAAAGUCCGUUGGGUUGAAUUUAGCAGCGAGUGUUUGUGCCGAGUCGACGGGAAUUCCGCGUGUUCGAAUAGGAAACAUAUGUUCCGUUUGCUGGUGUUGGUGUUGCUAGUUCAUUUUUCUUAUCGCCUGGCAUGGCGAAAGGAAACCCGGCUGUAUUCCUCCUAAAAACGCAGUCAAAUAAAAAAAGCCGGCUGUUGAAUGGUUGCGUGCGUUGAGUCACUUUGAGAGAGCGAAGCUAGGAGAAGAGAGCAUAUAAGGUGGAUUUGGGUGUGAGAACGGGGAAGAGGAAGUAAAAGUUGUUGUUGGUAGUGGCUGUUUGUUUUCGUUUUCGCCGGUUGCUUCGAUUGAUACGACGAGAAACGGCGAGUGGUUGGUUGAUAGAUUUUUCCACGUUUUGUCGCACGCAUAGUCGGUUGUCUCGAUUGUCUCGCAGUACUCGGGUUCCCGGUGGCGUCCGCGUGUGAAUGAAAAAAAAAGUGCCCAAGAAAAAUUUUUGGUGGCAAGUUUCUAGCUGUUUGGGUAGAAUUCGUUGAGGAGACGUUGAUGAUUUGUCCGGGAACUGAGCCCGGUAUCUAAAACGCGAAUCGAGUUUUUGCCGUUUCACUGAAAACUUCAGCGGGGGGCCAAACGGCAAGUUCUCAAUCGGUCCAUUUUCGCGAACAUGAGUGGUUAAGCCUUCCGUGCGAGUGAUAUUGUUGGUUAGGAUUUUUGGGACCGUUACCACUUACCGAGACAGGAGAAGAUCGAGAAACCACUCUCGCUCUUGAUUCUCCGGAUUUCGACCGGCGCGGAGCUCUCUUUUGGGGUUUGCUUUUCGAAUGUUGUUCCUCCUGCCAAAGCCCCGACCCGACUGAUGGUGUUGCUACCAAACUUAAGCCAAUGAGCCGAUUGUUCUUCAAGCUGGGCUAAGCGCAGAAGAGAAGUCCUGCAACAGAAGCAAGCAAGAGUUCCGUCCCAGUCCGUGACUGAUGAUAUGUCGCGCUGCGCAGAUUGGCCGUACUGUAGCUGACUGGGAGUUACGUGAAGCAAGAUUUUCGCCUAUGUGGUUAUCACCCUUUUUCGAGCUGACUAAUGAAGAGUUGGAGACUUGAGCGGUUCGUUCGGUUGGAGCAUUUUCGCUACAGACUUCUCACGCUUCGGACGUGUGCAGUACUGCUGGCCAAAACGGAUUGUUUUUUUUCUGGUUCCUCCUCGUGCGUACAUCCAGGACUACGAGAACAGCUGAAUACCUCAUCACAUAAGCCAGACAGUUUCGGAUGAGUGUCGUUGGGUAGAUUCUGGCUUAGUUUGCGGAUGGCAAGUAGCUCAGCUCCAGGAUUGGGAUUGCUGUUGGCUGAAGAUCACCCGGCUCUCUAAUUUCUGUAGACUACGUUGGUCCCGAACGGACGAUCGUCGAACAGUAAAUGCUACUUACCACUAUCUUCUAGAAGAACUGACGUUGAUCAGCUGGAGAUGUUCCUGGUGCCCCUCUAGGAUGCCUGCGAACUAGAAGAACCGUAUACGCUGCCGCUGUGUUGUUGUAAACAAUAGAUUCGAGUGAAACCCGUUAGGAUUUGGAUUGUUGUUUUGUUUAUCUCUUGAGUUUUUUUUUGUCUGGAGUCCUAUUGUGAUGGGAGGAUUUGUUUUGUGAUCAUCCAUCGGUACCGUUAGUUGGAAUUUGGACAGUGUGCGAUCCUCUCUCUCCAAUUAGUUUCGAUACUAACUGUAUCGGAAUCAGUAGCAUAUAUAAAGUUCGUUGGGGAUUUUCAAUACAGAUCAGGCAAUCAGUACUAAUAUUAAGUGAUUUUUAAAGUCGAAGUUCUAUUACAAAAUUUGGGAGUUCCAUAAAAAAAAUAUUAAUCAGUGCUCUAAUUACAAGCUCAAGUUAGCAAAAAAAAUAUUGAAAAGCAUUCAAAGUGUUACACGUUCAAAGCCAGAGAAACCUAGUAUAAGUGAAACAUUACACAAAAGUUUUUUUUUCCGGAGAAGAAUUUGUUUCGGUGUAGUGUGACCGUGCACAGUUGAAGUCGUCGCGUGAACGUUCCACGUGAAACAAUGGACUUGUUGUUGUGCACCGAGAGUAUCAGCAGUGUGAAUGACGUUGCCGAUGGUGACUUGACGGGCCAACAACAUCGUCCGCAACAGAACCAGAACCUGCACCACGCCGCCUUGCAGCAGGCCCAGAUGGAAGUGCGGCUCAAUACCGCCAUCAAGGAUCCGAUCUUUCUCGAGGAACGCUGUCUGGAGAAUCUGCUUAAAGUCGAGGAUCGCCAUGAAGUGCAGUGCAACUCGAACUACUUCCUCACGGUGCAGAAGGAAAUCAAUCCGGGCAUGCGCAAGGUCGUGGCGGAAUGGAUAAUCGACAUAUGCGAGGAACAAAACUGCCAGGAAGAAGUCUCGCUACUCAGUCUUAGCUAUAUGGAUCGAUUUCUCAGCCUGGUACCGAUCAAAAAGACACAUCUGCAAAUACUGGCCACCGCAUGUCUGCUGCUGGCCUCGAAGCUGCGGGAACCCAGCUACAAGGCGCUCCCGGUGGAGCUCUUAGUAUUCUACACCGAUCACAGUAUCACCAAGAAGGACCUAAUCCGAUGGGAACUUCUAGUCCUGAGUCGACUAAAAUGGGACGUCUCUACGGUGACGCCGCUCGACUUCCUGGAACUGCUGCUCUGCCGGUUACCGAUCGAGAACCAGAAACGGCACGACAUCAGCCUCGAGAAGGUGCGGAAGCACGCCCAGGCCUUCAUUUCCUUAGCAGCUAGAGAACAUUAUUUUUCCAAUUAUUCCGCCAGUACGGUGGCGGCAUCCAGUAUUGCGGCGUCGCUCGGUGGCCUCAAGUGGCACCUGCGCAGCGGCCAAUCCUUCAGCGAACUAGUGAAUAGGUUUACCGAUCUGACCGGAGUGGAGCAGGAAUACAUCUGUGAAUGCAUGGACAAAAUGGAGGCGCUCUUCCAGGAGCAGCGGCGACGACUUCCGGUCCACAUAGCCUCGGCCACGACAACGAUUGUGACCAGCAGCAAUGCCACGUCCUGCACUGUCGGAUCCCAGCAUUUGUCUUCCACGCAACAGCAACAGCAACCCUGCAUCAAUCUCAAAAGCAACUCAAUUACCCCGACCGAUGUUCAGGACAUUGACUUCUGACCACCGGCUCUGGCGAUUACAGCCAGUUGAGGGGCCUACUAAUUCCCCAACGAAUCCCGAGAUGGUCCUAGCCAACAAGUUCCGAAUUUAGCUCCUCCAAGGGAAGCCCAACUGCGUUGUCGAGUCGAGGAGCAGCAACGGAAACUAGAAACACUUCACAAAAUAAACUUUUUGGUGCUAUAUUCUAUAUCAUUAAAUUUAAGGCAAUUCUCUCGUCGUCGUCUGUCAUUUUCAAAAGGCGAACGGCUCACGGAACAGAAACAAAAACAACGAAAAUCGGAAACGCUCGGGCGGAAAUCAAAGGCUAGGCUACCGGGAGUCCUACCGGGGAUUAGAAUUCUGGCUAGGAAUUAUGAGGGAGACUUAUUAGAAAGUUAGGGUAAACUGAAACAUAAGGCGUUUACUAAAUCAUAAGAAAAGGGCUUCCCAGUUAGGUGCGAAAGACACAAAAAUCUUUCACUUAAGUAAUAUGCUGUAAAAAUUUAUAUCAAUAAUUGGCCGAUCCAUGGCUUUUGCAAAUGUAAGAAGAAAAAGCAUGGAAAGGCCGUCAAAAGAAUGAAGAGAAGAAGAGUUCUUGUUUGUAUUUUUUUGUAGAUAUAGGAUUAAAAUGAAAGGAGGAAAAUCAAAAACUAAGAUAUGCAAAAUGGUAGAAUAGGAUCAUUAAUGUUCAACAACGCAACGCAUAUCAAUAAUUAAACUUUUAAGAAAUUUAAGCACAAAAAAAAAAAAUGAAGAACGAAGGUACCUUCUACAGUAGAUUUGCGUUAGAGCUAUGGUGUAAUUGUUAAACAAUUACCGAAACAGCUGAAGUAUAUCACUCAGCAAGCAGAUAGAUGUGUUGAAAGGCAGAAAUUUGAAUAUGAUUCAAUGUAUAGCACUGUAGGAGGUGACAUCCAUGAUCUAUUUUUUUUAAACACUAUGUCGAUAUUUUACAAGUGCGAUCCAACAAAAUUCCGAAUGAAUAGGCAACUAAUCUGAGCGAGAGAAAAAUUAUACGAAAUCUUCAAAUAAAUGAACUCAGAACAGAACAUAAAAACUGAGAAGAGAAUUUUACAAUCAAUCCGGUAGGUAAAAAAAAUCAGAUCUUUAAAAAUAUUUCGAGUCUGCCCUUCGAUUUGUGGAAGGAUUCAAAUUAGUUCCGAUCAUCAAAUGGCAGUUGGCAAAUUUGAUUCCAUUCGUAUCAAUGUGACAAAACAGUAGUAUUUUGUUAAAGCAGUCCAACCCGGACGCAACUUACACGAUAAAGCUCAACAUCAAAAGAUUUCCAAAAGAACUUUUCAAAAGUACGUCUCGAUGGCCGAGCGAUUAGCCGGUCCACUGAUGACAUGGGUUCGAUUCCCAUCUUGGUACUGAGUGUGAAAUGCUAAUCUUAAGUUUAAUCAUUGUUCGAACCUUUAAAGAUAUCAAACCUUCUUCAACCUACUCGAGGAAAAUAAGAUUGUUAUAACGAAUUAAAACCCCUAUCCAGUCGCCAUUCAACAACGAGGAAACAGCACACUCAAAAAAAAAAGUUAAGUUCCAAAAAUUUUCGUUUUUCUUAAAAAAUAAAUGGGGAAAGCAUAGUACUACGCUUCUUGUUAUCGAUGAUGAUUACGGUAAUUUUUUUUCUUCUGGGGAUUCUCAACAAUAAUUGGCGAAUUAUUUAAAAAAAAGGCGAGCCAAUCGAAAUUACAACAACGAAAAACGACAACCACAACCACAUCGGAAACCGAUAGUAGGGAAAAAAAUGUACCUUUUUCAAGAAUGAGUUUUAAAACAGAAAACAAUCGACAACGAGUGCCUCUGCAUACCUUCGGGUGGGUGCAUUGAUAAUGAAAAAUUUACUUUUAUUCAACAGACACUGAGGGAAAUCGUCAGGUCAUCUUUUCAUGAAUUAUAAGCUGUAAAUAUUUCCUUAUUUAAGUUUAUGGCAUAUCAACAAAUUCUAGCUGUAAAUAUUUGUAACUUGUAACUGCUUAGCACUUAGCUUGUAGGUGUGUGUGUGUGUGUGUGUGUGUGUGUGUGUGUGUGUGUGUGUGUGUGUGUGUGUGUGUGUGUGUGUGUGUGUGUGUGUGUGUGUGUGUGUGUGUGUGUGUGUGUGUGUGUGUGUGUGUGUGUGUGUGUGUGUGUGUGCGCGCGCGCCCUUGUAUGAAUGUUUGUUUGUGUUAGAAGACCGGCAGAAAACGUAUGUAGGAAACUAGAUCAAGAGCUUUAAACGUAGAAGAAGCAUUGGGUAAAAAGGAAACCACGAAAAACCAAGAAUUAUUGCCAAUCUCCCCGAAACAAAGAGAGAGAGGCUGGAAAACAAGCAAAGCAAAUCCAAGCCUAACCCACUGAAACAAAAGUUUAACGCGUAAAACAAUCGUUUCACAACAAACAAGUCAAUCACUGAUAACAAACUGAAGACUGUUCUAGACGGUUCCUUUGUAUCAAUCUUAUAAUUUUACCUUUAAUAAAAGCAAACGAAAAAGUAAUGUGCAAAGCCAAGCAUGGGUUUGCUAGCUGUAUAAUAAGAAUGGUUAAUAUGAAAACCGCCUGGGUUGGAGCGGCUCUUUUGGAGGAAUGUUUUUCUUUUUGGUUCCCCAGAAGAGCGGUCCCGGAAGUGAGUCCCUGUCGACCGUUGGAAGCACGGGAUACAAAAAAAACACUAUAGGAGAAAAGAAAUACGCUUAUACAAUGGAUAACGAAUAAAAAAAGAAACACUUGCAUUAUGCACCCAGAUUGAAUAGAGAAAAAAACCGCAGAACUACUGAAUCAAAACGAAUGUUCACUAUUGGGAGAGAAAAAAGACCGAAAUACGCUGUAUAGUCACAAGCUGGCUGGAAACGAGACCGGGUCAGGUGCCUACAAAGUGGGCUCGGCCGGCUUUCCCCCGCUGCCAAAAACACUGAAUCAAAUACAAUACAUAAAACAUGUAAACGCGCGUACGAGUACAAUGUUCCUUUUUUUUCUAAGAACGAAAGAUUUCAACGCUUAAAGCGGGGAACCCGAAGAAUGUUCAGUUGGUUUUAUCCAAGCCGGAAGCAUCAAGUCACCCGUUUUUUCGCAGAUAAAGACUUCAACACGUUAGCACCAGAAAUUCUGGCUUCUUUUGUUUCUUCAAAUAAGAGCAAGUUAUUGUAGUCAGUUCUAUCUUUCUUAGUUAGGUAUUUGUUUUUGUAAGAAGACCCAAGAAUUUUAAACUGUACUGUAAGUAUAAUAUUCCCUUCAGUCGGUGGAUAAGCUUCAAGAAUGAGGAUGAACAUUUGUGCCUUAUUGUGCCUGAUUUUUUUAGCUUUUCCGACCACAAUUUGUACAUAUAGAUAUGCGACACACAGGCGAAGCAUUUAACAAAAAAAACAACAA